UAUUUGCUAAUUUUGACAUAGGUGGUGAGUGGUGACUUGAUAUCAAAUGAAUUCGGAAACUAGUAAUAAUUAUAAGAAAGGAAAAGAAAUCCUUGAUAUGAAAAAAAUCAAUCCAUAUCACCACCAUGUGAGAGAAGGAAUCACAAAAGACAAGGAGGAAAGCAAAUGCACACACACUAGUAGCAUCAAAUCCUUGGUAGUAGAAAAGGAAAAAUCCCCUUUCUCCAGAGCCGCAGGCCUGACCUGAUCGGAGAGGAGAGGAGAACCGCACAUGCCCGUGCUGCGGGCGCGGCCCCACCUACCCCGCCCUAAUAUGCUCUCUCCCGAAUCCCCACCUCCCCAGUCCCCAGCUAUAAAUCCCGCGCCCCUCCUCCUCUUCCCUUCCACGCAGCGACCAGUCGCCGUAGGUAGCACGCUCCCCCUCUUCCUCCUCCCAAAGUCCACCGCCCAUGCCGAGCAACCGAAUCGGGAUCGAUCGCUCGUCUCCUCCCCUCCCCGUCGCCGCCGCCUCGGGCUCGCUUGGUGCAGAUCGGGACCCUCAGCCCGCCCCGACGGGCCGGAUCCCGCCUUGCACCAAGUGAAUCGGAGCCGGCGCAGCGACCACGCCGCCGCUUUCGCCGUCUCUCCGCGCCCCGAAUUGGUCGAUUCUCUGGCGCCGUUGGUUUCGGCUGGUUCGAUCGGUCCGAGGCUGGUGGUUGGUUGCUGCUACUCGCUGCCGAUUUUUAUGCGCGAUUCCGAUUCGUGCCACGCUAUGGUGCAAGUUGCGCCCCAAAUUGUGUUGCAGGGGAGGCCGUGGUACGCUAUGAGAUGGUUCGAAUUAGCUAGUCGUGACGCGAAUUUCGAUUUGGAUCAUGUGGCAGGUCUUGUGUAUGGUACUAGUAGAUUCAGUAUUUGGCCUGAUUGAACUGUGGAGAACAUUUAUUGAUGUAGAUAGAUACUGGUAUAUAAUUUUACUACUUGUAGUAUGGGCGUAUCUCUGGCUAGCAGCUCUGUACUCUGCAGGAUACUGGGAAUUGUGGUGGACUCUUUUGGGAGGAUACACGAGCUGCAUGUGUCUCCAUAUGCUUUAUUUAGCACGUUUGCUGUAGUCUGAUGUGAAUUGUCUUCAGGGCAGAUGCUAAUUCCAGAGAUUUGAAACCUGUAAGGUCUACAGUAGGCUUGUUCUGUUCAUCUGGGGAUUUUCAGCCUUUUGAUUCAAGACCUACCUGUAAGGUUUGAGCUUUGAUUUGUCAAAAGCUUAAACCUUAUUCAGCAAUGAUGAAGUGGAUAGGCACAAGUAUCAAAGUUUACAUAGGGAUAGGGGGUGCAGGGAGCUAUUUUAUUUUUUGUAUGGUUUUAACUAGUACUAAUCUCGAUCCCAUCUGUGAAUCUUGAUAGGAGCAAAAGAUGUAGGUUUCCAAAGGUUUUUGAAAGUGUGCCAAGUUUGUACUUGUUUCUGUUGCUUCCUGGAUGUGUCACUAGUUAUGCUGUACCAUGUGGUCAUUGGUUGUAUCAGAAUGAACUUGCAACCUGGUUCUGGUUUUGAGCAAACAGUUGUGUAAUGGGCUGAAGCAAUAGCAAAAGAGAAAAGUGAGUUUCAAACAGUGAACUGGUCGAAUCCAAAGCGACUCUUACGUUGUAUCCAACUUCAGAUUAGAUGUUUAAUCAUUCCCUGGCUUGUCAAC